CUUACUACUUUCCAUUCCCAUCUAGAAGUCUUCGCAGUCCUCCUCGUUGCAUUCUCCUGUUCGCAAUCUCAUCCUCAUCCAUGCGAUUUCGUCAAGCUCGAAGAGAUCGAGUAUUGACCGAAGAUAUUUUGUAGGAGAUCGAAGUUUGGAGGCGAAUCAUCAGCAAAGAUCGAAUUUUGCGGGAUCUGCUGCCUAUUUUCCGGCGCCAAGGGCUUUCCGGCGGCGUGAUGAAAAUGGAGAACCAGGCGGUGGUGGCGAUCGAUUGUACCGCGGGGGGUAGCAAGGCGAAGGAGUGGAGCGGCGGAGUCGGCGGUGACAGCGAGGCCGCCGCGCUGCAGACCGGCGACAUCCUCGAGGAGGUCAUCUUCAGGGCGCUGCCGCCUGCGCGGGCGCCAUUCAAGGGCGGCCGGGCGGCGGUGAUGAAGCAGCUCCACACUGCGUACAAGCGCGGCGACACCUCCGUGCUCCUCAAGGCCCGCCGGGGAUGGCCCGACGACCCCAGCGCCGCCACCAUCGAGCUCCAGGCCUGCAUCACGUCCAACCCGCAGGCCGGACGCCGGCAGUACGUGCUGCGAUCCAUCCAAUACCCCAAUCACGCCGUCGACAUCGUCGACCGCUCCCUGCCCGACUGCUUUGCCUCGCUGGGAUCGAGGAAUUCCAGAGCUGUCAGUGCACUGAGCAACUUCCAACUCCAAGAUGGCUACGUCUCAUAUCCCUGGGAAAAGAUGAUGCGUAACUCACUGGACACUCCGAACUCAAGCGGCUUCUUCUCCCUGCUCAUCCUCCCCAAGGCAGUUGACCCUUCGGGCACGCGCUACAACUCGGUCGAGGACACGUUGGCCCGGGCCAACGCGUGGCUCGACUGCUCUCAGGGCUCAGGAGUCCCCAUUGCCUGCACCAGUGUCCAAACUGAGGCCCUACUCACCAAGAUUUCCGGCGAGACAGCUUCGUCCACUGUGAACACGGGGUCCUUGGCUGACCUCUCCAACUUAGCCAAUGUCAGCCUCUACGGCUUCGAGGACUACCAUGGGGUGGACAUCGGGGUGAUCAGGGCCGUCAGGCUUUGGUACACUCCGAAAGCAGGGGAGAUGGCCGUCGAGAUUAGGCUUCGGGAAGGCGACUCUAAGUUAGGCUUUGCAAUCAGUCGAACCGAAGAGGGGUUCGUCUACAUAUCAUCUGUGAUCGACGACGACAGCCCGAACAUUGCAGCCACAAGAUCGGGCCUCCGAGAGCUCUUCAGAGAAGCCACGGAAGUGUCAAAGCUGCUUGUCGUUUCCAGGGUCGGCGGCGAGAAGGUCCUGCCAUGGAUGGUCUCCACGUCAGGCGCGAUACGGUGCUUCGACACGGUCUCCCUCAGCCAGAAGCUCUCGCUCCACCGCCACGCGCUGAAGCCGAUUCUGCUCCACCUGUUCAUGUGGGAGAGAGAGAUGGCGCCUCCGAGACCGGCGAAAAUGGCCGAGAAGCCGGAGGAUAAACGAUUGCCCUCGCCUCAUGUGGCUCGAGUGCUGGUGAUUUGGUGUACAGGGGAGGGCCUGACGGAUCUCUCACUAGGGACACAGCUGGGGAUCUCUCAUUCAGAUUCCACAACUUCUCCAUCACCCGGAACUGGGUUUGAUCGGUCCGACGAUCCACGUUGGGUUUCAUUAGGACACUUUUUAGACGCACCAAAUUCAUGGAUUGUAAAAAAUCUUUAAGUUAUGGAUCCUCCUCAUAAAGCUUAAAGAAGGCCCGUAAUUUAUCUUA